AUGACCAGUGAGCUGGCCAUGAUGCCUCCCUUGAGCAACGGCGGUGUUACUGCCUGGGUGGCCCGGGCCUUCGGCACCCGGGUCGGGGAGUGCGUGGGGCUGAACAUGCUCCUGUAUCAAAUUGUCGACCUGGCCACCUACACGACGGUGGUCACCGGCUAUGCGCAGUCUGGCGGCUACGAGGUGCCCAGCUGGCUGCCUGCGGUCGUGCCUUUCUUCGUGAUCCUCCUGGGCCUCGGGGUGAACCUCUUGGCCCUGGACGCGGCCACGGAGAUGCUGGGUGCGGCGCUGCUUCUGGUGCUGCUUCCGUUUGUGCUGGGCGUGCCCCUGGCGCUGGGCAGCGAGCCCGUGGCUUGGGCCUUGGCCUCCGGGCAGCAGGCCGCCACCACCUCUGCACCGGAAGGAGAUGUGAAUCUCUUCCUCUCGUCCUUGGUGUGGCUCUUCACGGGCUGGGACUCUUUUGGGAACCUGGCGGAGGACGUGGCCGAGCCCCGCCAUCUUGUGAAGGGCAUGCUGGUUGCAGCUCUGAUCGCCCUGGCUGUGUACUUCGCCUGCACAUUCGGGGCUUUGGCUGCUGGACCUGGGACGUGGCAAGAUGGCUACCUCGCCUCGGCUUAUGGGAAGCUGUGGCGCCCGUUGGGGCUGUGGGUGUGCUUCUCUGCUGCCCUGUCCAACACUCUCAUCUACACAUCCGAGCUGGCCGCUUGGACCCAGCUUAGAGCCAAUUGUAGCUCCGAUGUCUGA